AUGGACAACUGGAGAGUAGCAGUUCUCGGCGAUGGUGGUGUGGGCAAAACGGCUCUAGCAGUGCAGACAUACGACCCGACGAUAGAAGAUGCCUACCGCAAGCAGCUUGUGGUGGACAACCGGAUGUGUUUUGUGGAAGUCAUCGAUACUGCUGGCCAAGAGGAAUAUGCCACACUCCGUGACCAAUGGGUGCGAGAAGGGCAGGGCUUCAUUCUUGUCUACUCGAUUGCAUCGCGGCAGACCUUUGAACGACUCGAGAUCUUCCGCCAGUCAAUGCGGCGUGUGAAACGUGGCGAUCCAAUAUUCAUGUUGGUCGGCAACAAAUGCGACAAGGGCUACGAGCGCGAAGUAUCAAAAGAGGAGGGCGCUGCCCUCGCACGGCAGUUUGGGUGCGAGUUCAUCGAGACAUCCGCAAAAACAGCCGAGAAUGUCCAACAUCUAUUCAUGAACCUCGUCCGUGCACUACGAAAGACACGAAACAUAGAACCCGGCCCAGGUCCGACGAAACCAGUGAAAGACGACAAGCCCGGUGGCAGGCGGAUCAAGUGUGUAAUCAUGUAG